AUGGAGAUUGAGCAGCACGAUCCCAAUCAAGGUUUCAUUACCACAGAAUAUAAAUUAUGGAAGAAAAAUGCGCCCUUUCUAUACGAUUUACUCAUGACACACGGUCUGGAGUGGCCAAGUUUAACAUGUCAAUGGUUUCCCGAUGUUGAAAGACGACCCGAUCAAAACUAUAAAACACAACGACUCUUGCUAGGCACGCAUACAAACGAUGAAGAACCAAACUACUUGCAGAUCGCUUCGGUACAACUUCCUAACGAUCAACACAAGGUCGAUACACGCAAAUACGACGAUAAUACAAACGGCUUCAAUGACGCGAAUAUCCGAAUCACACAAAAAAUUGUACACGACGGUGAAAUAAAUCGAGCACGAUACCAAUAUGAGAACCCAAAUGUGAUUGCAACCAAGUCGCGGACAGGUUCUGUCUAUGUGUUUGAUCGAACAAUGCACGAGUCAUUUCCAAAGGAGAACGAGCGAUUUAAUCCAGCAUUACGGCUUCAGGGACAUGAACGAGAAGGAUAUGGAUUGGAGUGGAACCCGCAUAGUACAAGUUCAAAUCACUUAAUAAGUGGUGGAUUCGACAACUUGAUAUGCCAAUGGGAUAUCGGCGAUGCUACAAAAGAAAAUCGCGUUCUUGAUCCUGUACGGGUCUAUUCUGGUCAUACUGCAGGAGUUGAGGAUGUUGCUUGGCACUCGAGUCAUGAUGCAAUAUUUGCCUCUGCUGGCGACGACAGGCACCUGAUGAUAUGGGACUCGCGAGACACAUCGGCUCAGCCAGUACAUGACGUAUGGGCGCAUACGGCUGAAGUGAAUGGUGUAUCGUUUUGCCCAGGAAACGAAUGGAUUUUAGCCACCGGGUCAUCUGACAAGACAGCGGCCAUCUGGGAUAUUCGCAACCUCAAUGCCAAGAUCCAUAGUCUGAACUUUCACAAAGAAGAAGUUUAUCAUCUAUCAUGGUCGCCCCAUUUCGAGACCGUGUUGGCUACUGCAAGCAGUGACCGGCGGAUACUGGUUUGGGAUAUCUCCAGGAUGGGAGAUGAUUCUCAUGGGUCCACUGAGGACGAACCACCCGAACUACUGUUCAUGCAUGCUGGCCAUACAGGAGGUGUUUCGGACUUUGGCUGGAAUCCUGCAGAGCCCUGGUCACUUGCAAGUGUUGCAGAAGAUAAUAUGGUGCACGUUUGGCAGAUGGUACGAGAGUUUGUUGGACUGCUGGGCGUAGUGUUGAAUGGAGAGGCUCUUCGGGAAGGAAGGAAGCAAGAUAGAGAGAGACAGUGGCCAGGAAGAGGUCCAUGGGGGUGGUAG